AUGUUCUCAAUACCAUUCCUCCCUUCCGUGAAGGGCGGGGCCAUGAUAUUAUUAUCCGCAUUAUCACUGUUAAGUCCGGCCUUGGUGUCGGCGAGUUCGGCGGCUGAUUAUUAUGUCCACUCGUUACCGGGGGCGCCGGAAGGCCCUUUCUUGAAGAUGCAUGCUGGACAUAUCGAGGUCGAUCACAACACCAAUGGCAACCUGUUCUUCUGGCAUUUCCAGAACCGUCACAUCGCGAACCGACAGCGCACUGUCAUUUGGUUGAACGGUGGCCCAGGAUGUAGCUCUAUGGAUGGCGCUUUGAUGGAAGUUGGGCCCUACCGACUCCAGGACGACCAUACCUUGAAGUACAACGAGGGCAGAUGGGAUGAGUUUGCCAACCUGCUCUUCGUCGAUAACCCCGUCGGUACCGGGUUCAGCUAUGCGAACACCGAUAGCUAUCUCCAUGAGCUGGAUGAGAUGGCCGCUCACUUCAUUAUCUUCUUGGACAAGUUCUUUGAGAUAUUCCCCGAGUAUGCGAGCGAUGACCUAUACAUUGCCGGUGAAUCGUAUGCCGGACAGCACAUCCCAUAUAUUGCAAAGGCCAUUCAAGAUCGCAACAAGGGUGUUGCAGAGAACGGAGGCACAGAGUGGCCUAUCAAGGGUUUGUUGAUCGGCAACGGUUGGAUUUCUCCUGCAGACCAGUACCCUUCGUACUUCAAGUACAUCGAGAGAGAAGGCCUCAUCACACCGGGCACAUCCCUCCACCACAACAUCAACGCACUCAACGAAGUCUGUCUCUCGAAGCUGGAGACCCCGGCCGCAAAGAACAAACUGGAUGUGGCCGCGUGCGAGCUGGUCUUGCAACAAUUCCUCGAUCUCACUACCGAAGAUCACCAGUGUUACAACAUGUACGAUGUUCGUCUCAAGGAUGAGGCCAAAUCCUGUGGCAUGAACUGGCCCCCCGACCUGAAAAACAUUGAGCCGUAUCUCCAGCGACCAGACGUCGUCAAAGCCCUGAACAUCAACCCAGCAAAGAAAUCCGGCUGGACCGAAUGCGCUGGGAUGGUCCAUAUGGCCUUCACCGCGAAGAAUUCCAUCCCCUCCGUCCAGUUGCUCCCAGGGCUGAUCGAAUCGGGCAUCAAUGUCCUGCUCUUCAGCGGCGAUAAAGACCUUAUCUGCAACCACAUCGGAACAGAGACUCUGAUCCACAACAUGAAAUGGAAGGGUGGCACCGGCUUCGAAACCUCCCCGGGCGUCUGGGCCCCGCGCCACGACUGGUCCUUCGAAGACGAGCCCGCUGGCAUCUACCAAUCGGCCCGUAAUCUCACCUACGUGCUCUUCUACAACUCCAGCCACAUGGUUCCAUUCGACAACCCCCGUCAGAGUCGUGACAUGCUCGACCGCUUCAUGAAGGUCGAUAUCGCCAGCAUCGGUGGCCAGCCUUCCGAUUCACGCAUCGACGGGGAGAAGUUGCCCCAGACUGCUGUCGGUGGACAGGCUAAUAGUACUGCCGCACAGGAGAAGGAGAAGGAGAGGCUGAAACAGACAAAGAUACACGCGUAUACCAAGUCCGGCGAGGCUGCCCUCAUCGUUGUGGUUAUCGGAGUGAGCGUUUGGGGCUUUUUCAUCUGGCGCAGUCGUCGUGCCCGCAAGGGCUACAAGGGCGUUUCGAAUAACGAUACGUUGGACAGUGCAUCCGUUCUUAACCGAUUCCAGAGCAAGCGUUCUGGUCGUGAUGUUGAGGCUGGUGAUUUUGAUGAAUCUGAGCUCGACCAGCUUCAUUCUCCUGGUAUUGAGCAUGAUUACGCUGUUGGCGAAGCUAGUGACGAUGAUGUCUCGCAUCCGGGAAUCGGCGAAAACCGCCAGCCCUAG